GGGGCCGGGGCCUGAGGGGGCCGCCCGCCCGUCGCCAUGCCGGUGAAGAACCGGUACAACCUGGUAGACGAUGGCUGCGACUCCCGCGUCCCGCUGCACAACGAGGAGGCCUUCCAGCACGGCAUCCACUUCCAGGCCAAGUACAUUGGGAGCUUGGAUGUGCCCAGGCCCAACAGCCGUGUGGAGAUUGUGGCAGCCAUGAGGAGGAUUCGGUAUGAAUUCAAAGCCAAGAACAUUAAGAAGAAGAAAGUGAACAUCAUAGUGUCUGUGGAUGGGGUGAAGGUGAUCCUGCGCAAGAAGCAGAAGAGAAAGGAGUGGACCUGGGAUGAGAGUAAGAUGGUGGUGAUGCACGAUCCUGUGUACAGAAUCUUCUACGUGUCUCACGACUCGCAAGACCUGAAAAUAUUCAGUUACAUCGCAAGGGACGGCGCUAACAACUCCUUCAGGUGCAACGUCUUCAAAUCGAAGAAGAAGAGCCAGGCGAUGCGGGUGGUGAGGACGGUGGGACAGGCGUUCGAAGUGUGCCACAAGCUGAGCCUGCAGCACGCCCUGCAGAACGCCGACGGGCAGGCGGAUGGCGCCAGCGACAAAUCAGCAGAGGAGCAGCCGCUGGAAGUUCACCAGAUAAAGGGCUCCAAGAUCACGGGUGCAGACGAGGUUGGCCUCGACCCUGAUGGCAUCUGUGUGUCUGAGAGGGGACCUGGAGAGCUGCCCACUGCCAGGGGGGACAUCAGCACACUGAAACCUGGGCAAGCCUCAAGGGAUAAGAACUGCCAGGAUCCCGAGAACUUCUCCCUCUACCCAGCUGGCUCCCAGCAGCUGCUCAGCCCCAGCAGCCCUUGCUCCUCGGCCUCCAUCACCCCUUUGGCCUCCCAGCACUGCCUCCAGCUGCUCCAGCAGCAGCUCCUCCAGCAGCAGCAGCAGACCCAGGUGGCUGUAGCCCAGGUCCAGUUGCUGAAGGACCAGCUGGCGGCUGAAACGGCGGCGCGGAUCGAGGCGCAGGCCCGGGUGCGGCAGCUGCUGCUGACCAACCGUGACCUGCUGCAGCACGUCUCCCUGCUGGUGCGGCAGCUCACCGUGCUGGAAGCCCGGGAGCAACACCGGCAGCCGGUUGACCGCUCCUUGCAAAACCUGUCCCUGGCUCAGUCCCUUUCCCUGAACCUGAAGAACCACUACAGCUUGGAUGUCCACCUCCCAUCCACCUCUACCCCCGCCAGCAUCCUGGGCAGCCCCGUGGCCCCUGGCUCGCUGCCAGCCCUGGGCCCCGGGGGCUCCUACCUCAACCUCAUCAGCCUGGAGAGGGGUGGCCACAGCUAUGGCAGCAAGGAGGGGGAGGAGUGCCUGGCUGUGCUGGAGGGGCAGGAUGGGCUCAGCCGGCGUGUGGAGGGCUCCGAGGUCAGCGAGUUUACCCUCCUCAACGGGAGCAGCCGGCAGAAGACGGAUGGCAAGGACAGAGGGGAUGAGGACAGGAGGCAGCAGCACAUUCCCAAGCUCAACCCACCACCGCCCAUCCUGCGCAAAAGGUCGAGCAAGACCUCCCCGAGCCUGGAGGUGGAGGCAAAGCCUGAGAGUGUCCCCCACGUGAGCCUGCCCAGCCCCAGCAUCUCCAGCCUCACCAGCAUCACCGCCAGCUCCCUCACUCUCUUGGACUCUGAGGCAAGGACUCCUGCACGGAGCUCUGCCACCAGCAUGGACCCCAUCCCUGCUGGGACCUGCCAGCCUACUCUAAGCAAGGACAGGACUGGAGACAGCAGGCAGAUGUGUCCCCUGCCCAACAUCCAUGACCCUGCAGCCAGCGAGGCCCUGGCCAAGGACUUGGCCACCCUGGGCAGCCCCAUGGACAGCACACUGCCCUUCUCCCCUGCUGAAGACACCUGCUUGCACAUCAGCUUCUCAGAAGAUGAGCUGCUUGAAUCAGAGCUGGACGCUGCCCUAGGGCCCAGGAAGGUCCCCUCUUAGUGGGACAGUAGAAGGUGGCAGCUGGCUGGCAGGCAGUGCCAGCAGCCUAUGCUGGGGUUGGGGGCCCCUGUGCCCAGGUUGGGAGGAAGGUCCCCUUCCUGUCCCUGACCCACACCACUGGAGGAUGUGACCUGGCCAGCCUCAGUCUUCCAGCUCACACUGCCUUCCUGCUGCCCCCCAUACCCCUCCACGGGGUCCCUGCCUCCAGGCAGCUCCCAACCACCUGGCAGGGGAACGUUUCACAUUUGUCACUACGUCCCUUCUGCAGCCCAGCACCAGCCUUCCCACAAUGGCCUGGUGUCACCCCCAGCCCCUGGCAGGGUGCCUGACAUCACAAUUGCCUGCGGGGUGGCUCGGGAGGGCGAGGAGCCAGCCCACAACACUGCAGGAGGCCAGGGGGACAGCACUGGUGUGACAUGCUUUGGGGAUGUUCCCACCCAGCACUGCCCAUGAGAUGCUCCACUGCAGAAGCCCCCCUGGGAGCAGAGUGACAGAGCACCCAGGCAGGGGUAUGGCACAGGGCUGUGAACAUCCAGGCUGUCACCAUGCUGCCACAGACCAGGUCUCUCCAGGGCAGCCAGAGUCCACCAGUGCCAUGGUACACCCAGCCCAGCUCUGCUUCUGGGGACAGAAGUCCCACCACUGUGUCCCAUGCAGCAAAGCCACCACUGCCUACCCCACAGGUGCCUUUUCCUGCACCCACUGCCCUCCCAAGCUGGGGUCAUCCCCUGGGGGUCAAUGAUAGGGUGCAGGGCUGGCCCCAGGGAUAGCUCUGCAGUGGGUGUCCCCAUGGAUAGAGGGUUCACCCCGUGUCUUGGGGUUGGGGUGGGAUUUUCAGGUGUAAUGAUGUGUUUUGGGUUUGGACUCUGAGGUGUGUCAUGGGAUGAGUUAAUGUUUGAGGAAGAAGCACAGCCCUGGGUAAAGGGCUGAGGCUUGGGAAGGGUCCCAAGGAGAUGCUCUUCUGCCUUGGUUGUUUGACAGAGGGUAUUGGGGAAGUGCUGAAAGGUGAAGAUGGGGAAGUGUUGAGGAAAAAUGGAGACUCAGACCCUGUUCCUGACCCUGCUCCACUCCCGUGGGGGAGAUGGGGAUGAGGGGACAUGCACCCCAGAGCCAGCAGGGUGAUGGUGACGGGGCCUGGGGCUUGUAAAGCCACAGCUGGGCUGUCCUGUAGUGCAGUAGAGACAGCCCAGCCUAUCUAUAGGAAUGAAGUACACAGCAGUUUGGUAACUUGACUUUUAAAGAAAAUAAAGGUGUCCAAUUUGCAGAGCAAG